CAAUUUCCUCCCGCGCCGUGUUUUUCCCACGCACUGAUUUUAUUUUAUUUUUGAAAAAUGUCCUUUGCGCUGCCCGCCCGUCAAGUCACCUUUGGGAGGCCCGCUGUCCCCUACCAACCACAACAAGCUCAAGCACAGACCACCACACAUGGUUUGGCACUGCCGGGUUCCGCGCCCUCCGCACCAGUGUCGGUACCUGCCCCAGUCGUAGCCUCAGCCCCUCUCCCACCACCUCAGUCUCAGCCAAAUGCGACUACCACGACUAGCAACGGCACCACAACUGCUACCGUUGCCGGCCCAUCAACACAACCUACGCCUCCUGUACCAUCGACGCCGGCGCCGUUGACCCUCGAGCAGCAGCAUAUCACUGCCGUCGAGGGUAUCGUACCAACGCUCCAGAACAUCGUCGCGACGGUGAACCUGGAUUGCAAACUGGACCUAAAAACGAUCGCAUUGCACGCUAGGAAUGCAGAGUACAACCCAAAGCGUUUUGCAGCUGUAAUCAUGCGCAUUCGUGACCCAAAGACAACCGCCCUUAUUUUCGCGUCGGGCAAGAUGGUCGUCACGGGCGCGAAGAGCGAGGAUGAUUCGAGGCUUGCGUCGCGCAAAUACGCGCGAAUCGUGCAGAAGCUUGGCUUCGACGCAAAAUUUGCAGAGUUCAAGAUCCAGAAUAUCGUGGGGAGCUGUGAUGUCAAGUUCCCCAUACGUCUGGAGGGUCUUGCGUAUAGCCACGGACAGUUUAGUAGUUAUGAGCCUGAGCUGUUCCCUGGUCUUAUUUAUCGCAUGCUAAAGCCGAAGGUCGUACUCUUGAUCUUCGUCUCCGGUAAGAUAGUCCUGACGGGGGCGAAGGUUCGAGAGGAAAUCUAUACCGCGUUCAAUACGAUAUACACCGUGCUAUGCGAGUUCCGGAAACCAUGACGCUCGUUCGUGUUACACCGAUGGACUAUAAAGUAGUUUAUAUAUCCCGCACAUAAAUAGCAUUCAAUACAGGAGACGGGCUGUAGAAUCACCUACGAUACAUGUGUUCUAUUAGUACAGGGAGCAAAUACAGA